AUGCAGAGGUUUAUGAUGACGUACGAGAAUUUACCAUUGAUAAAGGUGUCAUUUCCCUCUUAUGGUGUCAGGAGCAGCAGCUCAGGGAACAAGUCUAGACGUUGGAGUUCCAUCCUCAAGAUGAUCCCUCCCAUGGCACUGUGUAAAUUCUUUCCUCUGGUUCUAGUGGGGGUUGUGGUGAUUGCUGUGAGUGGGAUCACUGGAGACCCUCUGAACGACUGCCUCGCAGACGGAGACUACAGUGAGCUUCUCGACAUCGUGAACAAAGGUCUCCCCACCACGAAGACAUCCCGUCAUGUGGCAAUCAUCGGUGGCGGCAUUGCAGGACUCACAGCUGCAAAGUAUUUAGAAGAUGCUGGCCAUCAGGUGACCAUAAUAGAAGCGAGUGACCGUAUCGGAGGACGUGUGGAGACCUUCAGGAACAGAAGAGAGGGCUGGUAUGCAGAAUUAGGUGCAAUGAGGAUCCCCAACUUUCAUAAGAUCCUGCUCUCCUUUGUCUCCAAAUUAUCGAUUUCCCUCAACCGCUUCAUCCAAGACGACAUCAACACCUACUAUCUGAUAAAUGGAGUGCUACAGAAAACCCAUGAUGUGAAAAGUAACCCUGGCUUGCUGAACUAUAGCCUGAGCGAAAGCGAGAGGGGGAAGUCAGCCGCUCAAAUCUUCAGUGAGGCACUGUGGAAGGUGAGGGAUGACCUAAAGAGCUCUGGCUGCAGUGCCAUGCUGGCUAAAUAUGAUUCCUACACAGUGAUGGACUAUCUGGUGAAGGAGGCCAAAGUGAGCCGUGGUGCCAUGAGGAUGAUCGGGGACAUCCUGAAUGAAAACAGCCUCUUCCACUCAUCGCUGCUGGAGACGCUGUACAUACAGGCAGACAUCAACGACAACACUGAGUACUUUGAAGUGACUGAUGGCUUCGACCAUCUCCCCAGGGCUUUCCACCAGAUGUUAAAUUCCACAGUCCUUCUCAACUCCAAGGUCAAGCUGAUCAACCAAACAAGCGGCAGCAAUGUAACCGUGACCUAUCAGGACCAGGGUAAUUCAGGCUCUCUAACCAACCUGACAGUGGACUACGUCCUAGUUACGGCCACAGCCAAGGCCACCCUCUUCAUUGACUUCCAGCCGCCUCUCUCCUGGGACAAGAUGGAGGCCCUGCGCUCGAUUCAUUACACCAGCUCCACCAAGGUGGUGCUCAGCUUCAGGGAGCGCUUCUGGGAGAACGAGGGCAUCAGAGGGGGGAAGAGCAUCACAGACCGUCCCGCGCGCUUCAUCUACUACCCCAGCCACAGCUUCCAGGGCACAGACGCAGGGGCCCUCCUGGCAUCUUACACCUGCGCCGACGACUCCACCCUCUUCCAAGGGAUGAGUGAGGAGGAGGUGAUGGCAGUGGUCCUGGAGGACUUGGUUAAGAUGCACGGAGAAGGAAUUAGGAACCUGUGGACAGGGGGGCUGGUAAAGAAAUGGGGCCUGGAUCCUUACAGUCUGGGAGCCUUUGCCCUGUAUAUGCCCUACCAGCAGGGGCAAUACGCCGGGCAAUUGUUCCAGAGUGAGGGACGGGUGCACUUUGCAGGAGAACACACUGCGUUGCCUCACGGGUGGAUUGAAACUGCCAUGAAGUCUGCACUCAGGGCAGCGAAAAAUAUUAACAGCUUUACACUGUAGCUUUGUUUCUGACUUUUCUUUUUACAUAUGUUC